AUGACAGCCUCUUUGAGUGCACCACCAUCUCACAACACACUCCAGUCCAGCACAUCUGCACAACCCUCAAGUGUACUUGCCCACAUCAACAUCCAAUAUUGCCAUGCCAACAACUCUCUGCUGUCAUUACUUCCUAGCCACCCUGGUGAGCAUGUGUUCAUCCUCUACCACAACCCAGACAACCUCACAGCUCUGACCAUCAAGAACACCUCAAGUCAGUUUGCUCUUUCAGGAAUUAAGGUCUUGUCAGUGCCAGGGGCCACUAUGGACAAGGACAAGAACCAUAACAUGCAUGUACUGCAAGUGACCUCCAUCGAUGUGGAUAGUAGCCAGUAUGCCAGAUAA